GAUGCACAGCUUAAAGAUUGGAGCCGUUUUUCUUCUCGUAAUUGUGAUCCCUACCACCAGCACUAACAGCAUAGAUCAAGAUUUUGCGUCAGCUCCGCACAACGUAACUGCGUCACCUGACGGUGGUGGUUUUAAAUCUUACAUUACCUUAACCUGGUUAGAACCCAAACGUAUUAACGGCACGAUCACCAGCUAUAUGAUAUUGUACGGCAGAACUGAUGGCAUUUCUGGUAACCAUAUUACAAUUGCUAAUUCCAAUAAAAGAAGUGUUACUAUCUACCACCUUCUGCCAUACCGAUACUACACAUUGUAUAUCAGAGCCAAAACGUCUCUUGGUUAUGGGCGGUGGAGUUCUCCUGUGACUGUAUGGACCCCUGAAGGAGAACCAAGUAGUCCUCCACCAAAACUGAAAGCAGCAUUUGUUUGUGAUCGAUACGAGUUAAGAGCGAUGUGGGAUCCUCUUGGUGUUGAGAACAUCAAUGGUGAACUGUUAGGAUACAGGGUAUUGCUUUACCAGGGAAAACUGCUCUACAAGAACUUCACAACAACAACCACAAGUAACACAAUAACACUGGACGAGUGUAAGAACUACACCGUUAAGGUUGCUGCUUACACUUCACCUGGAGAUGGACCAUUUUCUGUUGUUGACGUCACUAGCACAUGUCCCUGUGGUGCUCCUGAACCAUCCUACAAAAGUCGCUCCAUCGUUACAAAAGAAGGCAAUGCGACAAGGUUACUAUGUGAAUACCAAGGACGACCUGAGCCCACGAUAUACUGGUUGCGUCAWGGACARCGACUYYACGAUGAAAAUAAAAGUGUAGAGAGAUUUACGACACAGUUAGCGAAUGGUACAUGGUACAUAUCCUAUACUGAAAAACAAGAUAGAGGAUUAUACACGUGUGUAUUGAACAACACUUAUGGUGUAGCAACAACUGAUGUKUCASUUACAGUAUCUAUAGAUGUUGCUGUAAUCMAGCUCCAGAUAACAGUUUCUAAUAAAGAAUAUCAAGAAGAACUAGAAGACAUAACAUCCAAGAUGUCCAGAGAGUUCAUUCUCAMRAUAGAAASAGCWGUGAGCAUAUUACCAUUCAAUAAAACAUAGAACCACAUUCUAUACUGUACUCAUAAUUAAGUAUUUAUCGUUUUUCUCUGUGUAAUGUAGAUCUUAAAAGCAUUCAAACCACGAAAAGAUGUGUUCGUCACGGUCUCCAAGUUCAGGAAUGGCAGUGUAAUAGCAGAGUUGAAGGUUUCCGUAGCAAUGGAUGACCCAAGCAUGAAAUCGUCCUCGCUAAAGUCAAUCAAAGAAACCCUCAUUCGUUCAUUGUCUGCAGGCGAGAAUACGACGGAGGAUAUCACAUUCGAUAACAUCAUUUUCAAAGAGUCACCGUCUCCUCCACAAAAUCCCAAAGCAAACGUAAUAAACCCAACAGAUAUUCACCUGACAUGGGAUUACCCACAAGACUACAAAGCAUACGCCAUCACUGGGUACAGAAUAUUACACAVGAAAACUGGUAGGAAGGAAUGGAUUAUGGGUAAGAUGCUAUCAGCCAAUCAGAACAAGGGAAGAAUAGAAGAUCUUCAGUCCAGCACAGAAUAUGAAAUUAUGGUUGCUUCUUACAAUGAAUAUGGACAAAAAGAAAGUAAUAUAAUAACAGCUGAGACAACAGCUGACAUGACAGCAGCCAUAGCCCUUGGCGUCAUCAUUCCAAUUAUUCU